AUGUAAUCUUAUUUACAAAUUAAAAAAUUAGGACCCACUUUGAAAAAGUUAAUGACAUUAUAAUAAUAAAAGAAUAUUGAAUCAGAUUAUUUGUUAUGGUUUAAAAAAGAAGAAAAAUACAUUAUUACUGAAUAAGGCAUUGAAAUAGAAAUUUAUCAGUUUUUAAGAUUUUCUCUUAAUUUAUAUGAUGAUUAAAGAAUUGAUGAUUUAAAAUCUUUCAAAGACAAAUAUGGAUAAUUUAAAGAAAUUAAGGCAUUUAAAGGUUCAAAUGAACCAACAAUAUUGCCAAUUAAACACAAUAAUUUUAUUAUAAUACAUUCAUAAGAAAAAUUUUAAUAUAUUUAUCAUAUUUCACUUGAUAAGGAUAGAAAUCCUAAAUUAGUGUAUUAAGGAAAACAUAACAUUAAAGCAAAAAUUUUAGUAGAUAGAUUUUUAGAAUUAUUUUAUAAAGUAAUAUAAAACAAAGACUAAUUUAUUAUAUCAAUCUACCACAUUAAUGAUAACUUAGAAAAAGUGGAAAAAUUAAAACAAUCUAAUUAUCCUCUUAAUAAUAAUAAUUUUAUCAAUUAGAUUGAUUAUAUAACUCUAUAUAAUAAAGAAAUUUUAAUAUUAUUUCGAUAAAGGACAGCAAUCAUAUUUUACUAAAAUUUUGGUACUUAUUAAAUGGUUAACCUGCAGAAACAAAAUAAAUUGUUUUAUUAUUCAUAAUUCCUUAAUAGUGAUACAGUAUUAUUGAUGAUUGAAACAGAAAAGAACGAUCUAAUUAUAUUUUAAAAUAAGUAGAAUGGUAUUCAUAAUUUAAACAUUAACUUCUAAAUAAGCUUAAAUUAAAUACUAAUGCUCUCUUAGGAAUCAAUUUCGAAAAUGUUUCUUCUUGAUUUGAUUUAAGACUUACCAAAUAUUUAAGAGUUUUGUUUUUGGGAUUCAAAUGAUUAUGAGGCAGUCAAAUUACUAAUCAUUGGAUCUUAACAAACAGAAGAAGCAACAUCAGCAAUAAUUUAUUGUUUAAAAUAUAAACCUGUUUUUGUAAUAGGAAUUAUCAAAUAUUUAGAAUAUUACUGCUUUUUAAUAGAUUAAGACUUUAAAUAACUUAUAAAUGCUGUUUUUGAAUUAAUUCCUGGCUAUCUAAUUUAUAAUUUUACUUAUGAAAUCAUUCACUUUCCAAAUUACAUUGAUUAUCUCAAAUAAUAUAAUAUUGUUUAUAGUAUACAUGAAACAGAUUCUAAACAGAUAUGGUAGAUGCUUUGUAAUAUGACUGAUAAUAAAUGUUUAAAAUUUUGA